AUGGGGAAGCUCGCGCGCUGCCAGGGUCGCGGCUCGCUGUGGCUGGUCGGCUCGUACGUGCGUUGCUCGAUGCCGCUCCUCGAGAACGGCGUCACUUCCGCCAUCGAGGUGGCCAAGCGGCUCGGCGUCGACGUGAGCGACAUCGAAUAUGUCGAGUCGCGGCAGGCCAAGCCACAGCCGGCGGGCGGGCGGCUGGUUUGGCGCACCGCGGCCAGUCGGCCCGCGAGCCUGAGACCGCGCGGCGGGCCGGACGGCGCCAGCCUCGCGGCGGCGGAGGAGGGGGGCGGAGAGUACGCGCCGUUUGAGGAGGGAGGCGGAGGCGGAGGCGGCGACGCCGACGCCGCGCCGACGCCGCCGCCCGCCAUCGCCACCGCGGUCGCGGGCGCACCGCCAGACUUUCGGCAACGGCAGCAGUGA